AGACAGAAUGUAUGCUAUUGCACUGCUCCUUCUGCUGUCCCCGUUCAUGGGGAGGACCUCCGUUGAAGCGUGCAACGGUGGGCCGUCUGCACCACCGUAUUUUAAACAAGGCAUGAACCUUGGUGUGCACGUCUUCACGGAUGUCAAUUUCACGAGGCAUUUCAAUACUUCUGACGAGGUACAGCAGUGCGUGCUCAGGUUCUUCAAGUCGGUGUUCCUAAGGUUUCGAUCUGCGCAUAGAAACCUGACACUCCAUUUGGUGAACAUAACUAUUCUAAAUGACACGAAAGUGGAAGACAAUUGCUUUGUCUAUCAUGAUCACUCGACCCAGCGUCUUCUUAAGCCAUUCACCUUGAAAUACGUGGAUCUUAAUCAAUCAAUGGCAAAGUUCAAGAAAUGCAUGAAAAACACAAGUUCUGGUGCAUACUUAUCGGAACAGGCUCCAAUAAUAUAUGUCCUCACAGGGUACGACACGGCAAUGAAACUAGGAAACGAAUGGAAGCGAUGGCCAGGCUCUGCGGACAAACAAGGAGGAGUAUGCAGCGAGAGCAAUCUGGCGAUCGGACCGGACAAGCCAGGAACUUUCCUAGGGAUCCUUUCGGCCGUAAGAUUGAUUGGUUACUUAUUGGGAUCCCAGUAUGACGGCUGGAGAGAUAAUGAACAUACACGUGCCACUGAUUGCCACCGAGUCAACCACCAUGUCAUGUCAUACUACGAAGACGUUGCGCAGUCCCAUAAAUUCUCUUCCUGUUCAUUGACUGAGAUGGAAACGAGACUGAAGAACUACACGUGUGAUAAAGCGCGCACCAAGAAGGUUACUAUCGGCAGCGACGUGAAGUACCCUGGAGAAGAUAUGACUCGUGAAAUGCAGUGUAAAAAAAUUGACCCCAAGCUCUAUGAUCAAUCAAAGUGGUAUUGGUACACAUGUUUGGUUGGAUGUCAGACCCGACGUGCAAGCGGACCAGUGGAGGUGUACCCGCUGCUUGACGGAAUGACUUGCUACGACAGGAGCAAUGGUCAUUGCUAUAAUGGUGACUGCAGGACAGACGUACCGAACUUUUCAUACUAGCAGGACCACGGAUACGACAAGUCCAACCGACUCCG